GUAGUUGACAACUACCGAGAGUUGUGUAGGUUAAGCAUUACGUCCCGGUGCACACGGUGCAUUUUAGAGGAUAUCGUUCCGGGGGGAGGGGUCCCAUCUAAGCUAAGCUUUCAUGCUGUUCGCGGUAUUCCGGGAAACGUCAAAGGCAGAUGGAGAAAUGGCGAUCGAAGUUGUUUCUUCUCCUUCUCUUUUCCCAUCUCUCUUCGGCGAUCUCAUUCAAUCACCCUUCUCAUGGAUGCUAUUGGACUGAAUCUUGUCAAAACAAAUGGGUUGGAGGAUGUGGCGCGGGUCAUGUCAUUAUCAAUCAAUCAGAUGACUGCAAUGGGCUUUGUCCAGAGCCAAGAUAUCCUCCAUGUCUUCCUUUUCAUACACACUUUCAUUGUUGCAAAACAGAAAGUCCAAAGGUGACAGAUAAGUGUUCAAAAUGCAAGAACAAAAUAGAUUAUGGCGACGAAUAUAUAUGUUGCACAGACUGCUCAGAUCCUUACGUCACUGACAAGAAUACCAAACUGGGUUACUGUAAGACUGGUGCAGAAUUAGCUAUGCAGCUAAAACCAAAAGUUUUCAAGUGGGUUGCUGGGCCAUGGAUGCAAUGUUCAUCUCCUUGUGAUGGUGGGGUUCGAUAUCGAGACGUAGAAUGCUUUGGGGUAACAGAAGAUCUUUCCAUCCCACAUUAUCCAGUGGAUGACAGUAGAUGCUCUAGGGAAGAAAUGCCUGCCAGACAGGAGCCAUGUAAUUUGAGAAGCUGUGCAGGGCUCAACACUAGCAAUUCACAUAUCAGAAGGCAGAAUGGGAUGUCAGCCUGGGUGGUUACUUUCUUCGUUCUUGUUGGGGUUGCAGCUGUUGGCGGUCUGGGUUUUGCAGGAUAUACACUGUACAAGAGGCGAACCUCAUCUCAACAUGGCUAUGUAUAUAUCAUGUUGGAAGGAUAUUCUUGAGAGUCCUAUUCAUUCAAAAGGCUAUGUUAUUUUUUACAUUUAAGGAAAUUCUUUAGAGUUUGAUUCGUUUGUUGAUAUCAAUGAACAAUAUGUAUUUUUCAAUUGAAUUGUAUUAUUUGAAAUCAGGUUCUUGUACAUUUGGAAUACUUGAAAGCAUUGGUAAUGUGAACCCAGGAAACUUCUGCUUUUAUUAAGUUAGACUGAACGUGUCUUCAUGACUGAGUUGUUAUGCUUUAUAAAUUUGCUAGUAACUUUAUGGAUUGGCC